AUGCCGAUGCCUACAUGCACAGCUAAGAUCUUCUCGCGAGAUGAUCUGCUAGCCUUCAUAAAGGAAAACAAGAACAAGCUCAUCGUCAUCCAUGUCUACUCACGUGGAGGAGAUGUGGAGAAGAUAAAAAGGAGAAUUAUGGAAAAAUUCUUCCUGGAUCCUGGAUUCUUCCUGGUCUUCCUGGAUGCAGAUUUGGAGGAUACUGAAGUAAUGGAGUACUUCUGUUCCUGGAAGCAGCCUGCGAAGCAGCGUUUUGUAAAUGUCGUCAUGCUCUUCAUUCCACUGUGA